UGACCGGAAGAGGGAGGUUUCCACUCCAGCGAACAGCGGAGAAGUAGCAGAGUGAGUGAGGUGAAGAGCUGUCCUGCCCGCCGGAGAAUAGCUUCAUUUAACACGCAAUAAAAGAGAGAGGGACUCCGGGGAAAGUGAAAUGUCAGCGCGAAUAUCUUGAAGAAACCGCUGAUUUACUUCUUCACCUCUUUGUUUCCUAUUCAAGAGUUUAACCAAGAAUCUGAAGUGGAGAGGUAAAGGUUUGAAGAAGCAACAAAUCAAGGUUUCGGGAAGGAAUCACUGGAAACCAUUCCAAGCUUAUUUUUUAGUUUUUUACUUCGGAUAAAGAUGCCAGAGAAGAAGAUCGGAAGUCCAGGGAUGAGCAUCUUCAGCCGGUGUCGGGUGGCCGCUGCGGUAGCUCUGAUCUUGAUCAUUUUGGGAGGGCUGGGAGCCGCCAUCUGGGCACUUGUCACGUAUCUCAGAACGACAGAAGAUACUGGAUUAUUUGAUGUACAGGUGAGCGCAGCAGACCAGAGGCUACGAGUGUUUGACUCCACUCAGCGGAGGUGGAAACACGUCUGCUCAUCCACCACCAACCAGCUCGUUGCCAACAUCAGCUGUGAGGAGAUGGGCUUUGUCAGAGCAGUGAAUUUCUCAGCGACAUGUGCUCCUGAUAAUGGUGGUGACCGAGAUUUUUUCUGCGUGAAAGAGAGUGAGUUAACAUAUGGGAAGAAGAUAAAAACAGCCCUCUAUCCUUGUAAAUGUGACAAAGGUCAGAUACUUGAGGUGAUUUGUCAGGACUGUGGUCGUCGUAUGCUGCCUGAGGAGCGGAUUGUGGGGGGAGUGGAUGCUCGUCAGGGUUCGUGGCCAUGGCAGGUCAGCUUACAGUAUGAUGGAGUUCAUCAGUGUGGUGGAUCCAUCAUUUCAGAUCGCUGGAUUGUGAGUGCUGCACACUGUUUUCCUGAGAGGUAUCGUCAUGUGUCACGCUGGCGAGUUCUGAUGGGAUCAAUAUACAACACUCCCAUCCGUAAGAAUGUUGUGAUCGCUGAGGUGAAGACGGUUGUCUACCACAGCAGCUACCUGCCCUUUGUCGACGCCAACAUUGACGACAACAGUCGUGACAUUGCAGUCUUGUCGCUGACAAAACCUCUGCAGUUCACAGAUUAUAUCCAGCCGGUGUGUCUUCCUACCUACGGCCAGCGUUUGGCGGAUGGACAGAUGGGUACAGUAACCGGCUGGGGUAAUGUGGAGUAUUAUGGCACUCAAGCCAACGUCCUCCAGGAAGCCCACGUGCCCAUCAUCAGCGAUGCUGUGUGCAAUGGCCCGGAUUAUUAUGACAACCAGGUCACAACCACCAUGUUCUGUGCCGGAUAUGAGAAAGGAGGAACCGACUCCUGCCAGGGGGACAGCGGUGGUCCUUUUGUAGCAGCGGAUAUCCUGUCUAAGACUAGCCGCUAUCGUUUACUGGGGGUGGUGAGCUGGGGCACAGGCUGCGCCAUGGCUAAAAAGCCUGGCGUCUACACACGUGUGUCACGCUUUCUGCCAUGGAUAUCUACAGCCAUGAGGAUGUAUGAAAACUCCCCAGGAGUGCACAAAAUGGCACGAGCGGUUACACCAUAGCCAUUCAGAGCGGAAGAAUGUUUCAUAUGAGACUGAAAUGUUGCCUGUUGAGGUCAGAUGUGUUGCUCGGAUCAGUAUAAGAUGUCACCAGACGUCUGGUGUUGAUCAGAUGAUCUGUGAUGAUCAACCUGUCUCAAGGACAAUAUCUGACUCACGGAGGCCAAGAACAAUUUCUAAUGCUGUGCUUUGGUUUAAUAUGUUUGAGAACAUAGUAUGUUUUAUUAACAUCAAACAUGCUAUUUUUCUCAGAAAAUCUGUCACCAAAAUACAGUAUAAAAAGGUUUUUAAAUUAGCAAUUUUGGCUGAACCCAAAACCACUCAUAAUAUGCGUGUUAUAUGUAAUUAUAUAUUACAUAUGUUAUUUUUCACACAAAAACAAUUGAAAUAAUUAAUAAUUUAGGAUAUAGAGCAUUUUUGUCCUACUAUAUUGCCGGUUUGUACAUAAUGUAUGGUAGCAAAACAAAUUAAAUCCAUGGUCAUGCUCAGCUGCAGUCAGAUUUAUGACUAGAUUUAAAAAUUGUUAUUCAUCUACCUGUACAAAAAAAAAAAAGUAUGUUUCUGUUAAUUUAAAUAGUAUGUGACCCUGGACCACAAAACCAGUCGUAAGUAGAGCUUGUAUAUUUGUAGCAAUAGCCAACGAUACAUUGUAUGGGUCAAAAUGGUCAUUUUUUCUUUUAUGCCAAAAAAUAAUUAGGACAUUAAGUAAAGAUCAUGUUCCAUGAGGAUAUUUUGUAAAUUUCCUACCGUAAAUAUAUUAAAUUUUAAUUUUUGAUUAGUAACAUGCAUUGCUAAGAACGUCAUCGGGAUGAUUUCAGAUUUCAGAUUUUUAACUAGUUGUAUCUCGGCCAAAUAUUGUCUUAUCCUAACCAACAUACAUCAAUGGAAAGCUUAUUAAUUCACCUUUCAGAUGUUUAAAUUUCAGUUUCAAGAAAUGUACCCUCAUGAUGUUUUGUGGUCCAGGAUAACAUAUAAUGCUAUGCAAACAGACAUAAUAUAAACUCCAGACAGCAACACACACACAAAAUACAAUUUUAUCACAAUCCUAAAUCUGACUCUAUAUUUCAGUCUACAGUAUUUAUCACAAUUUUGUUUACUAGUGGCACAGGUCCAGUCAAAAUCUGUAGAACAUGAAGCAUUUUGCCGAAUAAUACAGGCCUCUGUGAAAUGUGCCAUGAUUAUAUAUGUACUUAAAUAGGUUUUAUAAAUUAAAAUGACCAAAACGGUGACAUUUGAAAAUGUUUCAUGAAAACUACACACUUCAUGUAUUUUACAUGUAUUAUAUUUUAUUUUCUCUUCUUUU